CAAACGUGUACACUUUGCCAUGCUGUAAACAUUGAGAUUCGAUUGAAUUUUUUUUUUUUAAUUAAAUGUUUCUAUUGAGCUAAUCACCGAAAUAAAGAUGGGCAAGAAAAAUAAAAAAAAUUUGAGCAAUGGAUUAAGCAAAUCCGAAAUAAUGGUAACAGUUGUUGCCGAAAUUAUUGCAGAACUAAUCAAAGCUGAUCGACAAGAUUAUUCAGUCGAUUUGAAUCGUUUAAAAUGUAUGCUUGCACAAAAAUAUGGACUUGAUUCACAGCCACGUUUAGUCGAUAUAAUUGCUGCCGUUCCACAUGAACAUCGUCAAUCGUUAUUGCCUAAAUUACGUGCAAAACCAGUACGAACAGCAUCAGGUAUUGCUGUUGUUGCUGUUAUGUGUAAACCUCAUCGAUGUCCACAUAUAAAUAUGACUGGUAAUAUUUGUGUUUAUUGUCCAGGUGGUCCGGAUUCGGAUUUUGAAUAUUCAACACAAAGUUAUACCGGUUAUGAACCGACAUCGAUGCGAGCUAUACGUGCUCGUUAUGAUCCAUAUCAACAGACACGAAGUCGAGUGGAACAACUUCGACAGCUAGGACAUUCAGUUGAUAAAGUUGAAUUUAUUGUAAUGGGUGGUACAUUUAUGUCAUUGCCAGCUGAUUAUCGUGAUUAUUUCAUUCGAAAUCUACAUGAUGCAUUAUCUGGUCAUCAAAGUAAAUCGGUAGACGAAGCUGUAAGAUAUUCGGAAGAAUCAAAAACGAAAUGUAUUGGAAUUACAAUCGAAACUCGUCCGGAUUAUUGCUUAAAACGACAUCUUUCUGAUAUGCUUACAUAUGGUUGUACACGAUUGGAAAUCGGUGUACAAUCAGUAUAUGAAGAUGUUGCACGUGAUACAAAUCGUGGUCAUACAGUCAAAGCUGUACAAGAAUCAUUUUGUUUAGCUAAAGAUUGUGGCUACAAGGUGGUCGCACAUAUGAUGCCAAAUUUACCAAAUGUACCAUUGGAUCGUGAUUUAUCUCAAUUUGAAGAAUUUUUCCAGAAUCCUGAUUUUCGUGCUGAUGGUUUAAAAAUCUAUCCAACAUUGGUUAUUCGUGGUACCGGUCUAUAUGAAUUAUGGAAAACUGGCCGUUAUCGUUCAUAUCCAUCAUCAGUUUUAGUCGAUCUUUUGGCACAGAUAUUGGCAAUGGUACCACCAUGGACCCGUGUAUAUCGUGUACAACGUGAUAUUCCUAUGCCAUUGGUUACAUCGGGUGUUGAACAUGGUAAUAUUAGAGAAUUAGCUUUAGCUCGUAUGCGUGAUUUAGGUACUAAAUGUAAAGAUGUUCGAACAAGAGAAGUUGGCAUCCAGGAAAUUCAUCAUAAAGUUCGUCCUGAACAAAUUGAACUUAUACGAAGAGAUUAUUAUGCUAAUGGUGGAUGGGAAACAUUUCUUUCCUAUGAAGAUGUUGAACAAGAUAUUCUAGUCGGAUUGCUUCGUCUUCGUAAAUGUUCACUGCAAACAUUUCGACCAGAAUUAAAACAAACAAAAUCAGAAACAAUAAAAAAUCAAUUUGGAUUGACAAAAGGAUGUUCAAUAGUUCGUGAGCUACAUGUUUAUGGAAGUGUUGUACCUGUUUCAUCAAAAGAUUUGAAAAAAUUUCAACAUCAAGGUUUUGGUAUGUUAUUAAUGGAAGAAGCAGAAAGAAUAGCACAAUUUGAACAUAAUUCCGGAAAAAUUGCAGUCAUUUCAGGUGUUGGAACUCGUCAUUAUUAUCGAAAAUUAGGCUAUCAAUUAGAUGGUCCAUAUAUGUCAAAAUGUUUGUAAAAAUAAAAAUAAAUAAAAUAAAUGCAUUCUGAUGCUAUGUUUUCAACAAAAAAAA